AUGGUAUAUAAGCCAGGAAUUAUUUUACUUCUGCCCAAAAUAAUAAACAUUUUAACGCUCAUCGUUACGAUAGAAGCGGUCACGGUAAAUCCAUCACUUUGUCCAACGAAUAAAAUAGCACCACAUCGGAAGAUAGUCGCCGGAAAUUAUGCCACCGGACGUACUUUCGGAGCGUUUUACGAUUUACUGGCACCAGAUAGUUUUCAAGGUGUUGGGCCUGGUAACCUACAAGAGCAGCCGCAAGCAGAUGAUCCAGAUGAUUGCGGAGAGAUAGAUGACUACGACGAAAAUGAUGUCGGUUCCGCAACGGCAGAAUCUGGAAGAAGGCAAGGCAACUUAGAUAACAGAUUCUUCUUGGGGAAUUUCUUCAACCUCUUAAGACCAAGUACGGGUUAUGGUCUUUCAACAUCGCAGAGGCCUAUAUCGAUUUAUCCCGGAAGACCUACUAGUAGGCCAACGCAACCACCCUACUGGUCAGGUGGUUUGUUCGGUAAUAAUGCUUACCGUCCACCGUUGCAUCUUAACCCAUCAGGUUUGUGA